UCCAAGACUGCUACUUAAUCAAAGUAUGCAGAUUUUGGAUGUAUCAUCCAAUAAGUUUUAUCAAGGGCUUCCAGAGAGUAUCGUUUGGUGAGAUGAAAAAGACACAUGAAUCUUUACAAUAAUGGGUUUCAAGGGAAUCUGCCAUUUUCGUUUGAUAACAAUCAAUUCACCGGAAUUGGAGAUGGGCUGCUUAAUUCAACGGGUCUAGUAUAUUUCGACUUGUCAAAUAAUCUUUUACAAGGUGUCAUCCUAAGCUGGUUUGGAGGCUUCCAUUUCAUGUAUUUUUCUGUUUCAGAUAAUCUUCUAAAUGGUACAAUACCAAGUUCACUGUUUAACAUACCCUUCAAACUUCUGGACCUCUCUAGAAACAAGUUUUCGGGGAGCUUGCCUUCCAACUUUAGUGGGAGGGAUAUGGGUCUGUUGUACUUGUACGACAAUGAGUUUAGUGGGCCGGUUCCAAGUACAUUGCUAGAAAAUGCCAUGCUCCUUGCCAUGCGUAAUAACAAGUUAUCCGGGACGAUCCCACAUUUUAUCAGCAAUAGAUAUAUUCUUUACUAGGGUCGGUCCGCGCUUCGCGCAGGAUGUUUGCUUCGAUUGGUGUUGAGGCGAAACUAUUUGUGUGAUCUAAGUUGUUGGAUAAUUUGUUUGCAUGAAACUACAUGUCCUGUGAUUUUGGCAUAUAUAUCAUUGUCUUUUUGCGGUUGUGAUGUUUGAUUCAUUUUAAAAUUUUGCGCCUAGCAACUGGUAGAUUUGAUUGAAUUUUUUAAUUGGUUUGGUGGAAAUUAUUUGAAUUAGCUCUUUUCAUGGUUAUAUGUAGGCAUGUUUCUUUUUUUUUUUAUUUGGCAAAUUCUUAGACGAUGGUCGAUAAUGGUGACUUUGCGUUAUUGGCUUGAAAUUAUAUUUUGGAUAUAUGAUUUUUAUUGUACUUAAUUUGAAUUUCAUUAACAGUGGAGGGGACAAUCAACACGAACUUUUAAUUUAAAUUUCUUGUACUUCUAUAUAUUUAUUUUUUUAUUACUUUUAAGUGUAUAAACUAAAUCUUUUUCAUACAGGUUUAUAGAUGUAAUGUGUAGACUAACAUAGUUAUGGAUUUAGGUUGGUUUCAACAUGAUAAAAUAUUGGUUCUCACCCUAGUGCUGAUUAGGUUGCGCUUUUUGGAUAAUUUCAGAAAAUCUAGGUAAAAGUCAGUUUUUAGUUAUUUUGGAUUAAAUAUUUAAUAAUUUUUUUAAAAAAUUAGAUAUAUAAUAUUUGGGUAAUUCAAUUCUUCUGAUUAAUUGAAUAAUUUAAAAACAUUUAUGAUAAAAUAUCAACCGGGUAAUUCGUUUGUUUCGUGUAUUUCAGUUAAUAAGCAGUGUUUUAAAAAUAAUUGGUAAUUUUAAAACUAAUCAUAAUUAAUAACUUUAGGUAUAUUAACUAUACUUUAAAUAUUCGGCAACCCAUUUGGUUUUAAGUUUAAUUCUGAUUUUUUUUUCCAUUUUUUGUUUUUCUACUCUACAAAUAUAUGAAAAGUUUGGUUAUUUAUAAAAUUUCUUUUGGUUUCAGUUUGCUUUAAGUAACAAUGUUAGGAAUGGACUAUUGUCCGAUAAAAUAUUGGUUCCAAUUUGGUUCCGGAUUUUCGGGUAAUUUCUGAUAAUUCGGAUAGUAAAUGAGUUUUUAGUUAUUUUGCAUUAAAUAUCAGGCAUUUUAGAUAGCUUUAGAUAUAAAUUAUUCGGUUAAUUUGGUUCUUUCGGCGAUUUGGAAAAUUUUAAAAUAUUUUGUAUAAAAUUUUUAGGGUAAUUCUUUUUUUUUUGUUGUGAGUGUAUAAGUAGUAUUUUAAAAAUAUUUGGUAAUUUUAAAACUAAAAAUAUUUGGUAAUUUUCUUGGUUGGGAAUCGGUUUGGGGUUAAGUACAUAACUUUUUGGUAUUUGUUUAUAUUAAUAUUACAUUCCUAAUAUUUGUUUUGAAAAUAUUAAUCUAUCCUUCUUGUAAGUUUAAUUUUUUUUUUUGAUGUUUCCUUUCAAAUAAAUAGUAAUUUCUAUAAACUCUUUGCAACAUGAAAGACAAUCUUUGGCUUUAACGAUCCUUGUUGAGGAAACAAUACUAUAUAUAUAUAUAUAUAGAUAUAAAUUUUUGAUUUUGACUAUCUUAUAAAUGUUUAAAUUCGUUCUUACUUGUUGCCCAUAAAAAUUGAUGAGCUUUAUAAUCAAACUUCUUGAAUAUGAUCUUCGUUGGUUUUAAAUUUUAAUGUAAAAUAAUUAUUUUAUCAACAGUAGGGCUGUUCUUUUUGUUGACGCUGCCGCAGCGUCCAGCGUCUCAAAAAAUACACUUCAUCGUGGAUAAAUUCUUCAUCUCACUGAUUCUAAAAUAGACGCUAACAGCACCGCGACUGAAAAUUGACCGAGUUUCGUGACGUCAUAAAAACCAGCGACGGAAAAGGUGGAGGAGCGGCUGUGUUUACAAAACCCAGCGUCACCAAUUAAAUGACUGAUGCCGUAAAAAUAGUUAUUUUCUGUAUAAUUUUUGAAACGCUGAAGCUGGUCAACAAAAAAACAGAGCUAGUGGAAAAAAGUUCAGGACUUUUCUUCAAAAAUAAAUCAGUUGAGGAUUUUAUUCAUUUGAGAUGGUAAAACUAUUGAGAAGAAAUUAUCUCACACGUGUUGGUCUCACCCAAAAAUAAUAAUCAAGUCAUCAAGUGUUUGGAUUUUAAGUUACAAAAAAGUGUGUGGAUUUUGACCCAUUUAACGUGUAACUGAAACCACUUGUGAAGCUAAUUUGCGAAAAAAGUGUAGCAUACGACACUGUACAUUUGAUUUGCCCGCUAUGUUCGACGGGUGGAGAUUUUAGUUUUACUUCCUCGAUCUGAUUAUAUGGGUUGGGAGUAGGGUCUAAUAUAUCAACUGCGAGUGUAUGUUCAUUUCCUCCUCAGUUUCGAAGUUGGGUUCUUAUGUGUUUAGCCUAAGAAACUGUGAAAAGUUAGUUUUUUUUUAAUCAGUUCCAACAGGAUUCAUUUCAGGAAAUUGGAACUUGUGUAUAUGUGUUAGCCUGAGAUCUCUGUAGUGUCCGGAAAUGAUAUUUAAAAAUUAUCAUUAAUUUAGUUCGAAGAGUGAAGCUCAGUGUUGUUGGACUUGUGUAUAUGGAGCUCGAAGAGUCAAGCUCAGUGCGUUUUCAUCUGCGGAUGAUGAUGAUGGAGCUAAUGUGCUGAGCAAUGAGAACUCGAGAUGAUAAGGCUUGAGGGACAUGCCAGUGAGUGAAGAAACCGUCGGGCUAUAGCUUAGUGAAGAAGAAGAAGAAGAAGAGCUCGUGGAGUGAUCAAAUUAUAGAUAAUAUAAGUUAUUAGAAGUUCAAGGUCUACUUUGUAAAUAUGUUAACCUAGAGUGCUCAGUUAUGUACGUGUAUAUAUACUCUACUACAAGUCUAAUAAGAGAUAUCACUUUUCAUAAUCCUAUAUGAUUUCACACACCGGUUCCUCAACUCUCUCAACUCCUACUCGCAACUUAUCAUUGCAUAAAAUCUUAUAUGUUCCUGAUGUUGACAAGAACAUUAUCUCUGUCUAUCGUUUAUGCAAUUCUAAUGGAGUUUCGGUUGAAUUUUUCUCUGCCUCCUUUCAGGUGAAGGAUCUCAGCACGGGGGUCCCAUUGCUCCAAGGCAAGACUAAGAAUGAACUCUAUGAAUGGCCAGUCACUCCUGCUCAGGCAACGGCACUGGUUACUGCAUCCAACCCCAAAACCUCUCUGUUUUCAUGGCAUUCUCGGCUCGGCCAUCCAUCUUUUUCAAUUCUAAACACUAUUGUCUCUCAGUUUUCACUUCCUAUUUGUUCAACUACUCAAAAACAGCUUUCUUGUUCUCAAUGUUUGAUUAAUAAGAGCCAUAUAUUACCCUUUACAAACACAUCUAUUACUUCUCAUAAACCCCUUGAAUAUAUAUUUUCAGAUGUAUGGUCAUCUCCUAUAACCUCUGUUGACAAUUAUCGGUAUUAUGUUGUCUUUAUUGACCACUAUUCUCGCUAUACAUGGCUCUAUGCUUUGAAAAAGAAAUCACAAGUGAAGGAAGUGUUCAUCGCAUAUAAAGCUUUGGUGGAGAACAGGUUUCAAACAAAAAUCAAGACACUCUUUUCUGACAAUGGCGGAGAGUAUGUUGCUCUACGAGCAUUUCUUUCAGAACACGGCAUCAGUCACCUCACUUCUCCACCACACACACCUAACACAAUGGUCUUUCGGAGAGGAAACAUCGACACAUUGUCGAGACAGGCCUCACACUUGUUUCAACUUCAACAAUGCCGCGAGAAUACUGGACGUAUGCCUUCUCUGCUGCUGUCUACCUGAUAAACCGCUUACUCUCCCCAACAAUCGCAAUGCAGUCGCCAUAUCAGAAAUUAUUUGGUCAGACACCAAACUAUGAGAAGCUUAGAGUAUUUGGAUGCCUAUGCUUCCCGUGGUUACGGCCUUAUACUGAUCAUAAGCUGCAGCCUCGGUCAAAAGAAUGUGUUUUCAUUGGCUACUCAUUGACACAAAGCGCAUACUACUGCCUUGAUGUGUCCACUGGUCGUGUCUAUACAUCUAGACAUGUGCAGUUUGUGGAAACAGAGUUCCCGUUCACCAAACUGAGUAAAGCUGAUCAUCCUAAGUCUUCGUCUUCUACUACCUAUGCUCCUCCAGCCUCCACCAUACCAAUGGGAAGAGUGGGACCCUCGAGCACAGACCUUCACCCGUCGCAGUCACAGACUCCCACAGCUCAGGUAUUGCCUUCUAUCUCUGAACCUACACUCUCUUCUUCAACCUCUGAGCCCACUGCUCAUUCUCAAAAUGAGUCAACACCCAUGACUCAGCCACAACCUAUUAUCACAGAGCCCACUGCUCAACAACAAAAUGAGUCGACACCCACGACUCAGCCAUUACCCACCACAAAUCAACCUGCUCCCUCUCCAGCCGUGCCUUUAGAAACCAGUGAAACAGAAAAUCCAGUUACAGAACAACCACAAAAUGUCCACAAAAUGCAAACUAGAGCCAAAAACAAGAUUAUUAAACCGAUACAGAAACUCACUCUUACUGUUGCAGGAAAGAAAGGUGAUGCUACUGAACCAACAACAAUUAUACAAGCUAUGAAACAAGACCGUUGGAGGAAGGCUGCAAUCGCUGAAUUUGAUGCUCAUAUAGCAAAUCAUACUUGGGAUCUUGAACCACCGAAUGAAGCACAAAAUGUUAUUGGAUGCCGAUGGGUAUUCACAACAAAAUAUCUCGCGAAUGGUGAAGAAGAGCGUUCCAAAGGAAGAUUGGUUGCUAAGGGCUACACACAAAGAUAUGGAGUGGACUACUCUGAAACCUUCAGUCCGGUGAUUAAAUCUACAACCAUACGCCUUGUCAUUGACAUUGCAGUCACGAAGUCUUGGCCACUCAAGCAACUGGAUAUCAAUAAUGCAUUUCUACAAGGUGACUUAAUAGAGGAAGUCUACAUGAUGCAACCCCCUGGUUUCGUAGACAAAGAUCGUCCUGGUUAUGUUUGUCGUCUGCGAAAACCAAUUUACGGCCUUAAACAAGCUCUGCGCUCAUGGUAUAUGUCACGUAAACGCCAUCUCCUCACCACUGGCUUUGUUAACUCCUCUGCUGAUGCUUCCCUGUUUGUCCACACCACUGGCAACACGAUCACUUAUGUCUUGGUAUACGUUGACGACAUUAUUGUCACAGGGAACGAUAAUCACCAAAUACAAACUGUUCUCCACUCUUUUGCUGCUCGCUUCUCAAUCAAAGACCCUGUUGAUCUACACUAUUUCCUCGGCAUUCAGGUUACUAGAACCGACUCUGGUGUACAUCUCUGUCAACAGAAAUACAUCAAUGAUCUCCUACAUAAGGCCAAUAUGACAGAUGCGAAACCUAUCGCUACACCGGUUCCCACUACACCUAAACUCAAGCUUGAUAGCGACAGUCCUCUUCAAGAUGCGACACAAUAUAGGUCAGUGGUUGGCAGCUUACAAUAUUUGGCCUUCACCAGACCAGAUAUCUCGUAUGCCGUAGCUCGACUCUCUCAGUUUAUGCACAAACCAACUGGAGAUCAUUGGCAGGCAGCAAAGCGAGUCCUCCGAUACUUGUCUGGUACGCGAUCACAUGGUAUCUUCUUACACAAGAAAACACCUCUUACACUACAUUCUUUUUCUGAUGCGGAUUGGGCCGGUGACACAGACGAUUAUGUCUCCACAAACAGGUAUAUCAUCUACUUAGGACAGAAUCCGAUCUCCUGGUCUUCAAAGAAACAGAAAGGGGUGGCGCGCUCGUCUACUGAAGCUGAAUAUCGAGCUGUAGCAAAUACAGCUUCCGAAGUCACAUGGCUAUGCUCGCUUCUAUCAGAACUACAAAUUCAGCUUCUCUCUCCUCUGGUCAUAUAUUGUGAUAAUGUUGGAGCUAUGUAUCUGUGUGCUAACCCAGUUUUCCAUUCCAAAAUGAAGCACAUUGCUUUGGACUAUCACUUCACACGAAACAUGAUUCAAGCAGGUAGGCUCCGGGUAACACAUGUAUCUACUCAUGAUCAGUUAGCGGACACGCUCACAAAACCACUCCCAAGAAGUCAGUUUCAGCAUGCUUGUUCCAAGAUUGGAGUGUGCUCAGCCCCUCCAUCUUGA